UUGUGCCCAGGAAUUCCUUAACUUGGACGCGAGGCAUUGUUAUUUAAGAAUGGAAGAGGAUACAGAUUUUAGGAUCAGGUUUAGUUCCUUGCGUUUCAUUACUGAUCAUGUUGGAUUUCAUGGCACUAUAAAAAGCUCACCAAGUGACUUUGUUGUUAUAGAGAUUGAUGAACAGGGACAGUUAGUUAAUAAGGCCACCAAUGAGUUGAUUAGUAAAGUACAACCUGAGCCAAAUAAUUUUGCCAAAAAGACAAAACUUGAUUUUCAAAAUUUAUCCUUUAAAGAGGGAAGGAACCAAGAAUUCAGUACUUUCACUGGGUGCUCUGAUGAUGACCACAAUGAUCAGUCUCCUUCAGUAAAGGAAGAUACUAUCAGUGAUGGAACUUCCAACAGUGAAGAAGAAAAAGUUGACGUUUUAGGCAACUUGUUAGAUGAAAAAACUAAUGAAUUACUGAAUCACUUUGCCUGCGAUAUAAAAGAGAAGUGGAAUUCUAAAACUGAGCUAAUUGGAUCAUCUCCUGAAUUCUCACUGGGCAGAAUCCUUGACAAAAACCAGAGGGCUAUUUUGCAUAGUGCUGUUAGGCAGAAAUUCCCCUUUUUAAUCACUGUUGGUAGAAACAGUGAGAUUGUUGUAAAACCAAAUCUUGAGUUUAAGGAACUCUGUCACUUGGUAUCUGAAGAAGAAGCAUCGGACUUCUUUAAAUAUUUGGAUGCAAAGAAAGAAAAUUCCAAAUUUACCUUUAAACCUGAUACAAACAAAGACCACAGAAAAGCAGUGCAUCAUUUUAUCAACAAAAAGUUUGGAAACCUUGUAGAAACCAAAUCUUUCCCCGAACUUAGUUAUAAUACUGGUAAUCCAAAUGUAGUGAUUACAGUAAGAUUUCGGGAAAAAACACACAAGCACAGGAAAAGGUCUCUUUUUGAAUGCCGGGAUCAAAAAGUUAUAUAUACAGCCUUUACCCUACGGAAAGAAAAUCUGGAAAUGUUUGAAGCACUUGGGUUUUUAGCUAUCAAACUUGGUGUGAUUCCUUCAGAUUUUAGUUAUGCAGGCCUAAAAGACAAGAAAGCCAUCACCUAUCAAGCAAUGGUUGUUAGAAAAGUGACUCCAGAAAGGUUGAAAAAUAUUGAAAAAGAAAUUGAAAAGAAAAGGAUGAAUGUGUUUAAUAUUCGAUCUGUAGAUGAUUCCCUUAGACUUGGUCAGCUCAAAGGAAAUCACUUUGAUAUUAUCAUCAGAAAUUUAAGAAGCCAAAUAAAUGACUCUGCAAACCUGAGAGAAAGAAUUUUGGAGGCAAUAGAAAAUGUUAAGAAUAAAGGAUUUGUAAAUUACUACGGGCCACAAAGAUUUGGGAUGGGAAGGAAAGUUCACACCGACCAGAUUGGACUGGCUUUGCUGAAGAGUAAAAUGGUGGAGGCUAUAAAAUUAUUUCUUACACCAGAAGAUCUGGAUGAUCCUGUAAAUAGAGCAAAGAAAUAUUUUCUUCAAACUGAGGAUGCUAAAGGCACACUUUCCUUGAUGCCUGAGUUCAAAGUUCGUGAGAGAGCACUGUUGGAGUCAUUGCAUCGCUUUGGCAUGACGGAGGAGGGUUGUAUCCAGGCAUGGUUUUCUUUUCCUCACUCAAUGCGCAUAUUCUAUGUUCACGCAUAUAGCAGCAAAAUUUGGAAUGAGGCAGUAUCUUACAGACUUGCAACCUAUGGAUCAAGAGUAGUAGAGGGUGAUUUGGUCUGUUUGGAUGAAGAUAUUGAUGAACAUUUCCCAAAUAGUAAAGUUCAUCUAGUAACUGAGGAAGAGGAAUCAGCUGACACGUAUGCAAUACAUCAGGUGGUUCUUCCAGUGCUUGGAUACAAUAUUCAGUACCCGAAGAACAAAGUUGGGCAGUGGUACCAGGAAGUACUUAGCAGAGAUGGACUACAGACAUGUAGGUUUAAAGUACCGACUCUGAAACUCAAUGUUCCAGGAUGCUAUAGACAGAUACUGAAACAUCCCCGUAAUGUCUCAUACCAACUAAUGGAAGAACAUGAUACUGAUGUCAAAACUGAAGGUUCGCACAUUGAUGAAGCAACUUUAUCUCUUUUGAUCUCUUUCGAUCUUGACGCUUCAUGUUAUGCAACAGUCUGUCUGAGGGAGAUAAUGAAGCAUGACUUUUAGAACCACUACCCUUGACAUAACCAUAUAUAUGUCACUCUUUAAAAGGAAGGAAGCUAAAAUUUCCUGUGCACCUUCCAUGUGCUAGGAGCCUUAUAAUUUUUAUCUCCUGUGAUUAUAAAACAUCCUGCUGAAGUGGGAGAUUGGUGCUGAUGUUCUAGAGGACUUAUAUCUAGUAAGCAGCAGGAUCUGGAUUUAAGACCCUAAAACCUAUGUUCUUUCUAUUAUCUAAUAUAUCAGUGAUGUUUAUUCUGUGCUAUAAAAUUUAUAAUCUUUCUUGACUAUUCAAAACAAAUAAUAUGGCAAGAUAACAUGGAAGAAAAAAAAACAUGUUUGAAGUAAUGUUUAUAUCCCCUAGCUCCUUGCUUAGAAUGUAGAUGAAACUAGAUUGUAAUAUGGUUGGAGAGAAAGAGAAAUGAAGCAUUUUGUUGAUUAUAAUCGUCAUUCUUCUCUGUUUUUGAAAUUAUUGAUCAGAAUAACACAUUAGGGAAAUAUAAUCCCUGUGUUUAUGAUAGCUACCCCAGGGUAGCUUACCCCUUUAUGAGAUAACUUAUCUUCAGUGAAGAUUGAAAUAAAAUUUUUCAUACAAUUUCUUUAUCUCAGUAUACGUUGACCCUCUUGACUUUCUGUGAUAUUUUUACCUAUUACCUAAAACAUAGAUUUUAGAGUCAGACACACCUGGGCUCAGACUCCAGCUCUGACACUUGCUAGUGACUUUGGGUAUGUUAUUGAUUCUUUUUGAGGCUUACUUAAAGAAUCAAGAUAACAACAACCUCCUAAGCAACAAGUAAGAGGAUUGUCUCCACCUUCUAUGUUGCUAGAGGGAGAAAACAUUUUGCCCAUUUGAAGACUGAAUUAUUUGUCCCACAUCAUAAAUCAUCCUUAACCACUUUAUAUCAGUUAAGUGUGGGAGGGAUGGUAUAUAUUGAUCAGGAAGAGCCAAUCAUUCUUUCAAUGCUGGUGGUAUAACAUGAUGAUGAAAUUAAAAAAGCAGUAUAGAG